AUGUCUCAAGCAGUUGCCCACUACAUUAUCACAGAUGACAUUGAUGAAAGUAUUCCAUUUCUGGCAGUUGAGGAUAUCCCUGAUCCUGAAGUUAGAGAUGUUCUCAAAAGGUAAUGUUAAAAGCAUUAGUGAUCCGGUAGUACAUCUGAAGUGCUAGCUUGAAAUUCAUUUUACACUGCAUUUUAUCCAGUGAACUCUUUAUUCCAUUUAUGAACUAGAAAAUGCACAUGAGCAUAUACAAUAAUAAUUAUCAUUAUUGUAUACUCUCGUGUGUAUUUUCUACUGGGCUAUUUACAAUGAUUUCUGUUGCCAGACCAUAAUUUAUGAUAAGUGUGACCUUUUUGUUAGAUUGCAAGUGCAUCAAAAGAUGAGGACUUUCAGAACCUGAAUGCAGAUGAAGGGGUUAGUAACCUGUUGAUUCAAUGUGGUUUUGUGAACAAGCUGUUGAACAAACAGAAUUCACAGCAGGCAUGCCAGAGAGUACUGGUCCACCAAGUACUGAUGUAUAAGAAAGAUCCUAUACAGGAAAUCAGGAGAGGUCUGCAGACAGCAUCUAUUACUUCCUUUCUGAAAGAUCACCCUGCACUUUGGAAGACCAUUUUUGCCACAGCUGCAGAUGUAAAACUUCAAUCUGAUUUGGUGGUGAGAAGCCUCAAGUGUGACCCUUCAGUGGGAGAAUUGAAUGAACAACAAGAAACAAUCCUAAACUGGUGUAAGGAGUAUGUUGGUAAUCUUCCAUCUGACACAGGUACUACAAAGGUGUUAUAAACAUGUCAGGAAAAAGUGGUGGAUUAUGAUAUCUGCUAAUAACAGUAUAAUUUUCACGUUUACAAUCUCAUUUUUUCUUGUUUGGAAAUUCUGUCAUUUCUUUCAAAACGCUUGCAACUCUGAGCUUUCCUGCGGAUAAUUUUGUUGAUAUAGUCAGUUCUAUUAUUGGGAUGGUCACUUAUUGUGUCAAUUUACAGCCAAGGAAAGACAUACAGAAAGGCAGGGACCAAUAAUUUUACUCUAAGUGUGUGUUUUCUUUACAGGCAGUUUUUUGUCCCAUGGAGGUGACUGUAAUAAUAGGGAGUUGACUGUACAUCCCAGGUGCAAUCAACUUGAUACUGAAAGGAAAGACUUAACUAAACCGAACAUAAAGACCUGCAAAAAAAUUAAUUUAAAUAUUGAAAACUUAAAUUAUUCAGAUAUUCAAGUUAUGAGAAAACAUAGUAUUCGAUUGGGCUUGUUCUAUCUUCCAAGCAAUACAGAUUUCCCUUUACAGUCAACUCCUGAUAAUUCGAACCUUCAAGGGAAACAGAAAAAGUUUGAGUUAUCAAGGGUAAAAUUAUAUAGAAAAUGUUCUGAAGGGAAAUGAAAAUUGCUUCGAAAGUUAACGGAGGUUCGAGUUAGAGAGGGUUCGAAAGUUACCGGGAGUCAACUGUACCUCAAGCAAUGAUUUUCAUACUGAAAUUCAAAUGCAAAAGUGGGUUUACUGUGCCAGUGAAUGAGAUUACCGAGUUUACAAUAAAGCCAUAUUAAAAAUAAAAAACAAAUAGCAAACAAAACACAGUUGCAAUAACUAGAGGUAGGCCAUAAAGAACAUUUUGUUUAAACAUGUAUUCUUCCUUCCCAGAAUCAGAUUCAUCAACCAUUGAGAAGUUUGUACAGUUUGUGUUUGGAGAACCAACCAUGCCGCCACAACCAGUUUAUGUUAAGUUUAACCGACCUGGAAAGAGCUUGCCUGAUGCUGAUGCAUGCACAGGAACCAUCAGCCUUCCAAUUGAUCACAAGAUGAAAAAGGAUUUUACAAAAAGUUUGGAUAUAGUUUUAAACUUUCAACACAAAGGAUUUGGUAGAUGCUGA